UAUCAACCCAUCAGUCCCAUAAUUUCAUACCUGCUAGUAAUUUACUAAUACUGGCUUUCCAAUACUAAUAUAUUCAACCCUAUUCAAACCAUACUAUAUUCUAAACCGCUCCACUCAAAUAAUUGGUGAUAUAUAGUGUUGACUAUUUGAGCUGUCUCGGUCACUAGCAAUCUUUUCUAAUUAACUGAUUAUGAAUUACACCCCCUCAAAAAGCUCCAUGCUUGAUAGUAGUAAUCAUAUCACUGUUUUUUCCUCUCAUGUUCAGAAUUUAGCUAUCCCGCCUGGCAUGAAUACCAAUACUGGGUCUGAACCUAGUCGGUCACAAACUAUGCCACGCACGAGAAAGGCACUUCCCAAACCUCCUACUGGUAAUUCUCCACAGCGUACAGCCAGUAUAACAAGUGUUUCCAGCGUAUCUGCAUCCAUUCAGACAACAAACUCCAAUACGAGCAGAAUGACAGGAAACACUCAAUUCAGUAUGGGUCCGCUGAAUGUCGCAUCAUACGCUUCCAUCAUGCCGCAUGGGCGUAUCAUGGACCACAAUAUCCAUCGAAAAUCGUUUCGUUCUUCAUUUUUUGGUAUUCGUAAAACCCCCUUGACAGUCAAAGAUAUUGAUGUUCCAAGUGGAACACAUGUUCGUCGUCUGCGUCCACCAUUUCGGUUUGUCCCCAAUCUCCAUUACAAAGAACAGUCAUUUCACGCCAACGAAAAAAGUCAUUUAGAACCCGCAUCAAACACUACUCUUGAGCGAGCUAUUCUUUUUCAAGAGUUUAUUGAAGAUGAAAAAACAUAUGCACAGGAUCUUAUCCGUAUUAUCAAGAAAAUUGAUUCGGCAAUUGCUCGUCAGCCAGAAACCAAUACCCAAAUUCUUCAGCUCCUUAAAACUUCACUUCAAGGAAUGAUUACUGUUGCAUCGGAUGCAGAGAUUUCUCUUCUUCGCACACCAGAUAAUUUUGGUAUAGUAGACAAUACUGAAAACAUCGAGCGUGUAUAUCAGACAUACAUGAAUCAGUAUCAGGACAUUUUGAAUGGAAUCGAUUCAUUAACAAAGUUGUGUCCAAGAAUCGCAUUGGAUUUAGAUGGAAUUAUUCAAGAUAUGCGCCAUCCUCUUAAACGUUUGAUUGGGUACAGAUUUUAUCUUCGUCGUAUACUACGAAUCGAGCUUCCGGUAUCUAUUCCAUACGUUACUGCACGUGGAUCACUGCCCUCAUUCUCGUAUCUGGUCGAGCACGCUUAUGCCAUUUUUGGUAUCACUGAUACGUUUGAUCAAAUUGCUGCAUGGGAAGACACACUGAAUAUUUAUGAAUGUAAACCCAUUGGACCCGAAUCAAACGAUGCUCAGCUUGCAAACUCACGCUAUGCCAUUUUCACACACUUGACAAUGCCAGUAGAUGUAUCUGCUAUUCCAUUACCCAUCACACCAACUCUGCAUCUAUUUUUAGAAUUCACUGAUCUUCCACUUACGCUUAAAGACACCAUUCUUAAAGUGGACAAGAACUCUGAAAUAGAACUCACAACUAAACUAUCGGGAACACCCUUUCUAAUUUAUCUUUUAACAGACACCAUCGUUCUUACUUCUCUCAAAGACGCUUUUGGUCAUUACAACCUUUUGUUUCCUCCAAUGCCGCUCAGUCACGUUGAAGUCGUGUAUAGAACAAAUGUCAAAGGCCCACAAAAAAUCUUUGAGCUAAAACUAUCUCCAUUCAAAAUGCUGGUUGUUAGAGGUGACACGGCAGAUGUUCAAAGGUUUUUAGAUAUGUUUGAAAGUCUUAAACCUGAAAUGGGAAGUCGAGUAAAAUCGAGUAUUACAAGACACGAAAGUGUGAGUGCAAGUAUCAAGUCUGAAAGUAGUGAUGACAGCUCUUCCGCAGCUGCAAAUAAAAAACUACAGAAAGCCAGGCUUGCAAGAUUGAUUCAAAAACUUCCAGCAUCAAAAGAUGUUGCCGUGGAACGUAAAGAAGAUGCAUUGGGUUCUGCAAAUGAAAGUGCAUCACUAUCCAAAUCAACUUGUGUUUCACAAAUCGUGUCUCGCGCUGCAUUGCUUUCAUCAGAUGUACUGUCAUCAAAGUAUGUGCGCUUGGGAAGAAAAAUCACAACUGCCAAUCCACAAAUGAACAUUACUCAAGCAGCGGCAGAGUUUACUUGUCCAUUAUCAGCUAUUCUUUUAUUUCACACCUUGUGUCGACCUAACGUCUACAAGCCUGCUACGCGCGAUUGGGAAAAGCUUUCGAAAUGCCACAUGAGAAUUUACACCACUCAUGUAAAAACCUGGAUGACGCUUAGUAUUGAGGAUACAGAAACGUUGAUUCUUACAGCUGUGAUUACUCCCUAUUGGAACUGCAGCGUGUCUGGUCAACGUAGUGUGGACAUCAGUUUGGUUACACAUCAAGGCGGGAUUGGAAGGUAUUUGGUACUGGUCAAGUCUAUGGAGAUUGCUCAAAAAGCUGUUAAAGUGGUGAAAAGCGGAAUUCAACAAGCACUUUGGACACUUUCAACUGACUUGCGCGAUGAAUUACUGAUUCAACCACCCUCUACUUACCCGAUUGUAUGCAUGGGAUCACAGUCUUUAGCAACGCCACUUUUAUCUCCAAUGCCAGAAUUUCAUACGCAAAAAGGGUUUGAGCAUGACAAGUGUUGGUUGAAUCAAGGAGAUCAAAAACUUGUUAGUUUGGGAGCAGUGCGAUCAACCAUCAUCACUACAUUUGGCACGCUUUCGCAUCCCAUUUCAGCUGUUUCAAAGCAUAGAGUCGCUUAUUCUGUUCGAUUGCUGCUUACUUCUGUCAUUCGUCCAGAUAUUCGUCUUUUUAGUGCUGAACUUGAGGAUGAAAAUAUGUCGUUUCAAUCUGAUGGUGAUGCAUAUACUUUGGUAAAAGUUUAUUUCCAAAACUCUAUGUUUGAGUACAGAUUAUCAAUCAAGAGCAAUGAAAGCGCUGCAUUUUUAGAAAUGCUAAACGAAGGUGUCAAGACGGCCAAGCAGCAUCGUAAGCAUGCAACAGAAACUAUCGAUACAUUGCGUGAGGCGUGGGAUAAAAAAAUUAAAGACGAUCAGGAACAAGAAAGACUAGCACUCGAGACUAGAUUAAAUGAGAUAUCGAUGGCAGUCAUCACAAGUGAUAUUGCUGCUGUUCAACACGCAACUGAAAAUCCAACCAAUGCAACACCAUCUCAAGUUCAACAAGUUGCUCAAGAAACCCUAUCUAUUGAAAAUAUACAAAAAGAACUUGAAACUGAAGCCAAUGUUGAUCAUGUACCUGCAGAGUCAAUAGUAGUAAAAGACCAAGAUUUUAUAACCGAAUCUGCCGAUUUGACUCGCACCACUUUACUGCCAUCGCCAGACACCAAAGCGGAAUCAAUUUUAAACAACCAGCCAAGCUUGCUUAAUACAGAUGACUUGAACGCAUCUGUAUUACGAGAGAUCCCAUUGUUAUCAAACAAUGACACCCCUGUUUGCCCAACUGCGGAAGCACCUGAUUUGGCUGAUUUAGCCGAAAUGUUUUCUUCGCUUUCUGUUGAAGACUUGGACAAACGCAAGGCCAAAGUCACCAAUUCAACGAAAACAGACACGACUUUAGCCAAAGAUGUAUUGCCAGAUACUUUAAAACAAGACAAACAUAUCAGUAAAUCAGUGAGUCAAGCGUGUUCUAUAAACACACAAGAUUCAUCCAAAACCAAAGUAACUUUACAAGAACGACCACCACCACCCAAACCUGGAUGGACUUCAUCAACACCCAAAGUUGAAACUUCAACACUACCCAAAACUCAAACAUUGCCAACACAGCCUAUAAAAUCACUUGCGUCGGAAUGCAUUGCAUCCAAACCAUCUAAAAUAGCAACAAAGAUCAAGAGUGCGUUUGGAACGAAUUGGAGCGAAUCUUCACUUACAGCAUCAAAUGGUGUACGAAAAAUCCGAGAAAGGUUUGAGAUCAAUCGAUCAGGAUCUUCACCCAAUCCUGCAUCCAACAGAUGUUUUAAUGGUAGUAUGAAUGGAUCAAAGAGUCAGAUUGGUUCUAUUGGGACGCGUAUGUCUUUUACACCGACUAGCGUGUCAACAUCUGGAGAUGUUUAUAAGCAACAACCUGCAAAGGAAGUGAUGGAAUACAAACAAAGACAUGCGAUGAUCAAGUCACAACGAAUGGUUAUUUGUCGUGAGAAUAAGGAAAUAAUGAAACAGUUUGCACGCAAAGUGGAGGAGAAUGCUCGACUCAAGAUCGAAGAAGGUGAAAUUGGAGAGCAUUUCAAGAGCACUUUAGGACGCAAAACAGGAGUGAUGAAAUGGCAUUAAAGCCGCAAAACUCUGAGUGAAAUGAUGACAUUACAACUCAAAACAGAACGUUUUGUUCAAAGUGUAGCGAAUAAAGAAUAUCAAAUCUAUAAAUAUG